AAUACAGUAACCUAUAAUGAUGUGCAUGUCAAUAUCACUCAUGAAGAGUGGGCAUUGAUGGAUCCUUCACAGAGGAAUCUCUACAAAGAUGUGAUGCUGGAGACCUUUUUGAACCUCACUACUAUAGGACUGGCGGGUAAGAGAGUGGAGAGAAACCCUAUGAAUGUAAUCAGUGUAGUAAAGCCUUUGCUCGUCAUAGUGAUCUUCAAAGGCAUGAAAGAACACAUACUGGAGAGAAACCCUAUGAAUGUAAUCAGUGUGGUAAAGCUUUUGUUUAUCACAGUCAUCUUCAAGUACAUGAAAGAACACAUACUGGAGAGAAACCCUAUGAAUGUAGCGAGUGUAGUAAAGCUUUUGCUUAUCACAGUCAUCUUAAAGUACAUGAAAGAACACAGUGUUUUGGGUGUGAAGACCUUCAUUCACUGGUGCACAGAAGAACUUUGUUGGAUUGAGCAAGGGGGAGCUGAACAAAAGAAGUUGCUGAGAAGUCUCACAGUGGAGUCCCCCCUUUUCUUCAGCAGGUAUCCUGUGCCCUCAGCAGGUGGACCUGACCUCUGCAGGUUUGUUGUUCCUCAGCAGUCUGAGGGUGGGG